AUGGCGGGCCCCAAGCUCGCCGCCAUGCGCGCCCCGCGCUGGCCCGCGGCGCUCGCGCUCCUGGCGGCCGCGCUGACGCACGCCGCCCGCGGCGAAGGUGGCUCUGGCGGCGGCUCCGGCGGCUCUGGCGGCUCUGGCAAGAUGCCGACGCCGGCGCCAACGAACGCGACACACCCCGCAUCUGAGAAGCUCGAGCCCGCGGCCGCCGUCGCCGGCGCGGUGGGCCUGGCGGAGAACGCGCCACCCGACUCCGGGGGCAGCGGCGACGACGAGGGCCUGGGCGGCUCGGCCGAGGCCGCGGACGAGGGCGGCAGCGGAGGCUCGGGCGGCUCUGGCGAGGCCGCGGGGGACGACUCGGACCUCAACUUCUGCAACGGGAUGCCCACGGCGAUGUACAUGGAGGGGUUCGUGUCCGUGUUCGGCUCCAGCCGCGCGAAGAGACACUGCGCGGUGUUCCUCAGCGGCGCGCUGGUGCUCGACACCCCGGGUAAAUUCUUCCUGGGCCUCUUGGGCGCUGCAGGCUUCGGAGCGCUGACCGAGCUCGCGAUGGCCAUGAAGCGGCGAGAGGAGCAGCGGGCGAAGCCGGAGGCGCUGAACCAGGCGCUGUGGCACGCCUGCACUCUGACGCUUGGCUACUGCGACAUGCUGCUGGUCAUGGUCUACAGCCUGGAACUCGCCGCCGCUGUCGUCGCGGGCCUGGUUUUGGGGCGCGCGUGCACCAGCCACGUCUGGCCGCCCCAGGCCAUCGCUGAGAGCGAGGACUCGAUGGACGGGAUCGGCACCCAGAUGAGCGACCCGCUGUACAGCUCCACCCGGAAGCGGAACGGUUGCUGCGGUAUGACGUGCCCGCUUACCAGAGGCGAUACGCCGACGCAGAUCACACAUGUCCUUGGUGAUCGCGUAGUAUGGCUCAUGGAUUGGUAA